GAACACGCGCGACAAGAUGCCUGCUCAACCCGCUGCCUCACACACGCCGCAGCGUCAAUCGCGACGACACAACAACUUCAAGGAAAACAUCAACUUCUUCGAGCCCGGCAAGCAGGGCCGUCGCACUGGUCUGGUCUUGAAGGAUACUGGCGUACGCGAUGAACACGGCUUUGAGCCCGUCAGUGGCAUCUUCUCGUCACCACAGCCUACACCGCAGCAGCCCUCGCCGCAACGCUCGCCCCUGCGCUCACCUCAGCGCCUCUCGGCAAAUGGUAACGACACGGCGCUAGGAUCGUCGUCUAUGGUUCUGCAAGACAAAAUCUCAGAAACUCUCCACCUACGCAAGACUCCUCAUCUACCACCAAAAGCUCAGACUCCACGCCGCUCAAACAUCCAAGGAUCGCCCAUUCGUCACUCUGCUAUCAAGCCAGUAGACACCCAAUCCUCCNNCCCUCAAGAUGCGCCCUCAACAACUCGCACGAGCAGGCGUCUCGACUUUGCGAACAAGCAGCAGAACAAACCACAGCCGACCGUCGCUCCCAGCCCGAGUCCUUUCAAACCGCGAUUCGGAAAGUCGCGUAAGAGCGUUUUCGACGUCCAACAAUCUCCCGGCAGGCCUGAAUACAACCAGCAAGACGACGACGACCUCGACCAUUCCGUUCAGCAAGUUCAAGAUGCCGUCAAUGAAUUGUUCCAAGACGAUCCUCCAAAAGAUGUGCUCUCCUCUGCGCGCAGCACCAGAUCGCAAAAGCGCAAACUCUCAAAUCCUUCCUCGCCCGUUGCCAUUCAACCCUCUUCAGUGCCAAAAUCGAAUAAACGCCAAAGGCCGAGCCUCGAACACCGCGAAGACCACACAACCGUAGACCAGACGAUCGCAAAUCAGACGACGAUGGAUCAGACAAUUGCAGACCAGACGACGGUGACAAUUGCAGACCAGACGACGGUGGACCAAACAACCGUGGAUCAGACCAUUGCGGACCAGACAGGAUUGCCUGAUCAGACAGACGCCGAAUACACGUACAUUACGGUAGAUCAGACGGAGAUGCCCGACCAAACAGAGUUACCCGACCAGACAGAGCUUCCAGAGCAGACUGAGUUACCUGAUCAGACCGAAGUGGUUGAUCAGACCGAAGCGCCAGAAGAGACGGGAAUUGAAUACACCUGGAUUGACCAAACGGUGCUCGAUCACACAACCUACGACCAGACAGCCAUGGACGAUACGAAUAUCGAGCAAACGGUUGCAGAUGAGACAGCCAUGGACAAGACGGAAGCAACACAUAUCUAUGACCACACAAUGGCGGAUGCGGAUAUGGCCGACGAAGACAUUGCCGAAACAACAGAGCUGCCCGAUGAGCCCGUCAUCGAGACAUCUGCNCCUCUCUCAACCAAGAAGAAGAGACCGUUCGAAGUACGGAAAGACGCCCAAGAUCAGCCUCACGAGGACGAUGCGAGCGAUCACGAUCAAGAACCCGACCUAUCCUCACCUUCGCAAGCCGCCCAAGAUUUCAUACCACCACCAGAGGACCAUGUACAAGACGAAUCCGAACACGAGCCGCAACCAGAACCGACCAAGAAGCGAGGUCGUCCCAAGGCUGCUGCGAAGACCAAAGGAAAGAAGAAACAACAAUCUGCCAGUGUGGAGCCACGUCCAAGAGCAUCAAGAGAUAGUGAAUCUGUUGGCCCUGAUGGUCUUAAGAAACCUGGCCCCAGAUCUAUCGUCAAUCUGCGUGCAGGCACGCCUGCUGAUGACGAAGGUGCCAAAACUACAAGAUCUGGUCGUACUUCGAUCAAGCCUCUGAAAUACUGGUGCAACGAGACAUAUAUUUGGAAUCAGGGCGAGGUUGAGGGUAUUGUUCGCGCUGAACCCGUCGAGCAACCAAAACCAAAGCGCGCUGCCCCAUCGAGGAAGAAGGGAACGCGAUUGGGCCCCAUUAAAGAAGAUGAAGAGGAGGACGAAGAUUUAUUGCCAGAAGCUUGGGAGCAGGAACUGGGUGUUAUCAACAGCACAGUUCGAGCUUGGGAUCCCAGGACUGGUACUGGCAGUACUGAAGUUGAAGGAGUGAACGAGGAUAUCGCAUUCGCUGCUACAGCUAUCAAAACGCAAGACGUUCACGGCUCGUCGUUCCGCUACGCGAAGGUUAUGACCCUUCCGUUCUUCGGAUCAGGCAUGGUUGAGAUACCGCCUGACGGCUACAAACGCGUGAAGAACUCGCGCAAAAUGCAGAUGGUAUUUUUCGUGCAUGAAGGAAAGGUCACAGUUGAUAUUGAAGACGUCCAAUUUGGUAUGACCAAAGGUGGUGUCUGGCAAGUCCCCAGGGGAAACAACUACUCCAUUAUGAAUGAGAGUUCUACCCACCCGGCCAAAAUCUUCUUUGCACAAGGAUGCGAGAUUCAGGCUUCGUCUAGUCAGUUUGAAGAUAUGGGAAGGGACUCGCAAUCU